AUUACUGCAUGUCAUUUUAAAGCGCGCUAAAAUGGUGGAAACAACAUAUGCUCAGCACGACAUAUCAUCCUCCUGGAGUAAGAAGCUGAUUUAGGCUCUUUCAAAGCAGCGUUUAGGAUUCUUAUUGCCAGCAGUCAGUGAUGGAUCGAUACAAUGAUGUGAAGAUUCUUCUGAAAACCUGGGAGCAGUCAUUUGUUCAAGAACAUCAAAGAAAGCCCAACAAGGGUGAUAUUGACGGAGCUCCAGAAGAGGCCAAAAAGCUCUACAAAGAAUAUCGAACACUCAAGCAAGCAAAAGAAAACAGCAGCAAUGGGCAUACAGACCCAACACCAACUGCACAGACUCAGUCAUCUGAGAAGGAAUCCGAUUGCUGGGGCACUCACCUGAACCGUAAGAGCAUGCCGGUGGCUGCCCCCAAACUGACGCUGACGCCCAAGGACAGGGAGUCCCUCCAAGCCUCGGCCCAGUACUUUGGCAUGAAGCUCAAGUCAAACGUGGGAGCUCUAACAAAGGAGAGACCGGUUUCUCUGAAGAAGUCGUUCACGCCACGUCGAACACCUCUGAAGUCCUGGAAAGACGGCCAGAGCCCAAACCCUGCAGCUGGUGCUGCAGGCAGCGAUACACUGUUAUCCCCUCUGCUAAAGCCAGCCAACACACGUCCACACCUUCUGGCCUGUCCAGUGCAGACGGGGACAGAACACCCACAGCAGCCGCCGCAGGAGCCCUUUGAGCCAUUACCAGCCUUCACACCCUCCAAGCUGUGGUCUCCUGCAGCGGGGGCAUCCUCAUCAGACAGACAGGCAGGAAGCAGGGCCCAGCAGCUCAGACAGACCUUCACCAAGAGGCUGACCUCUGUAGACAGCAGCUGGCUCGAGAGAUGUCAGGUGUUUGACGAGGUGGGUAUCGUGGAGAAGCCCGUUGUGGGUAAUUUGUCUCUCGCCGUGGUGUCGGCGGUAGGUUCACCGCAGGCCAAAGGGGGAGGCGUUGGUGAGGGAGAGAACCCAGGACGUGCCGCCAGUUCCUUUGUCAUACCUUCCAGGCAGACCGAAGGGACAACUCUCCUGGGGGAGAGGACUUCCAAGAGUACCAUGCCACAGGAUCUGCCUUUUUCAGACGAGCAACAGCCCAAAAUUGGUUGUGGCGUAACGUCUGCAGCAGACCCAGCCAGUCUGCGGUCCACUGGACAACGCUCCUCAUUAGGGUCUGGCUCCGGAGAGGGAAAGGAUGGAGAAACCAGACCAGGUCUCAGAGGACAGGCCGAGGGCGGAACUUCAGAAGAGACAGCCGUCGGCGCCACCACCGCCAAGAAAUCUCGAGCAAGGGCCAGAAAAGGCCGGGUAGGAAGGGUUGAAGAGGAGGCGGAGGUGUCGACGCAGCCACCACAGCAGGCCGAGGGUGACGAGCUUGGGACGGAGAAGAAAGGUACGAAGAAAAAGGGCCAAAAGAGGCAAAGGGACCACGCCACAUAUGGAGAGAACCCUGAUGACACAGAGAAAGAGGGGGCGGUGAAAAAGAGGAGGAGAACCAAAAAGGUUACAGAGGCUACAGCUGAUGGCAGGAGUCCUAAAAAAGCCCCCAGAGCGAGGAAGAAGAAGGCUCAGACGGGUGAUGGAAAUGCUAGCGAGCAGGAGAAUGGUGACGUCACAGAGAAGGAAGCAGUGAAGCAGAAACCAAGGGUUCCACAGGAGAACCUCCUAGGAGAGGUGGAUGAGGAAGAUGUCAAAGCUGCCAGGAACAGAGGGAGCAACACAAUGAGACCUAAACCCACCAAGAACUCGGACUGUAACUUUGUAAAGAUCAACCUGAAAAAUAAGUCUCAUGUCAAAGGAUACGCAUGUAGGGGCUCUGGCCUACGGAAGCAGUUGACCAUGGAGAAGUUCCAGCUAAAGGGGGAGAGGUUUGGAGGACCAGACUCAAGGUUUAGAGGGGGAAGAGGCAGAGGAGGGUUUAGAGGCGGCUUCGGAGGGUUCAAUCGUCCAGGGGACACCUGCUUCAAGUGCGGAGGCACAGGACACUGGGCUAUGAACUGCAAGGGCAGAGUUGCAGCUCCAGUAGACAGUGCUGCUGCUGAUGAGGCAUCUGCGGUUGAGGAGCCCUUCGAACUGCCAACCUUGGAAGAAGUUGCCCGGGCAACGGGAACUCUGCGUUCCGAGCCUCGGGUGGCGCCCCCCAGUGUUAAAGAGGAGAAUGAGGGUCUGGGGGAGAAGCAGGAGGAUGGUGGUGAUGAGGUCUUGUUGAAUGUGAUCAGGCCAGAUUACGAGCGCAAGCUCCCUCCGUCCCCCAUGCAGCCCCUCUACCCCCUAGGGGAGGACGGCAAAGUACAAGCGGUGCCCUCUGAAGUUAAGGAAGCACUUAAAGACUUUGGGUACAAGUCUUUCAGACCAGGGCAGGAACAGGCCAUCAUGAGAAUUCUAUCAGGUCUGUCCACGCUAGUGGUGCUCUCUACGGGCAUGGGCAAGUCUCUGUGCUACCAGCUGCCUGCCUACCUCUAUGCCCAGAGAUCUAACAGUAUCACUCUGGUGGUGUCACCACUGGUGUCGCUUAUGGAUGAUCAGCUUUCUGGACUCCCAUCCAAGCUGAAAGCGGUUGCCAUUCACUCCAAUAUGUCUAAAAAACAGAGAGAGGUUGCCAUUGAGAAGGUUAAGGCAGGUGAGGUCCAUGUCCUGCUCCUGUCCCCUGAGGCGUUGGUAGGUGGAGGUCACUCUGGCUCUGGCUGUCUUCCCCCAGCUGACCAGCUCCCCCCGGUGGCCUUCGCCUGUAUCGACGAGGCCCACUGUGUCUCAGAGUGGUCACACAACUUUAGGCCCUGCUACCUGCGUCUCUGCAAGGUGUUGAGGGACCGUCUGGGCGUGCGAUGCCUGUUGGGUCUGACUGCCACCGCCACCCUGUCCACAGCCCUGGACAUCGCUCAAAACCUGGGCAUCGCUGACCAGGAUGGUGUUGCUGUCCGCUCAGCUGCCGUGCCUGACAACCUGCAGCUGUCUGUCUCCAUGGACCGAGACAAGGACCAGGCCCUGGUGUGUCUGCUGAAGGGGGAGCGGUUUGGGUCUCUGGAGUCCGUCAUCAUCUACUGCACCAGGAGAGAGGAGACGACCCGUAUAUCGGCCCUGCUCAGGACCUGCCUGCAGGGGGUGCUGUUGAAGGAGUCUAACCGUACAGCUAGUCAGGAGGCAGACGACAACCCUGUAGGGAAGAAGAAGAAAGCUUUGGCCAGGAAGAAGAUCCGUAAGCCUCUGAAGUGGAUGGCUGAGUCCUACCAUGCCGGCAUGUCGUCCUCUGAGCGCCGUCGCGUCCAGAACAACUUCAUGUGUGGCGAGCUGCGAGUGGUGGUCGCCACGGUAGCCUUCGGCAUGGGCCUGGACAAGUCGGACGUGCGCGGCAUCGUGCACUACAACAUGCCCAAGAGCUUUGAGAGCUACGUGCAGGAGAUCGGGAGGGCAGGGAGAGACGGGGUACCAGCCCACUGUCAUCUCUUCCUGGAUCCUGAGGGAGGGGACCUGCAUGAGUUGCGGAGGCACAUCUAUGCGGAUACAGUGGACCACUAUACUGUGAAGAAGAUAGUGCAGAAGGUGUUUCCUCCCUGCAAGUGCAGACAGAUCCACCAGAAACAGCAGGACUUAGCCAGGACUCAGGAGGAGGUUGACGACUCCGAGAUGAUGGAACUGAUGGACACCUGUGAUGAGAACCCAGUUGAAACACCGGAACACACAACGGAGACUGGUCAGAACACCCCUGUCCAGCAGUUGGAACAGGCCAAAGUUCCUACUGAGGAUGUAUCAACUUUUCAACCACUGGACAGGGAGCAGGAACACCCACCAGAGUCAAGUGUUCCAUUUCCCCAGAGAGGGGAGGGCGAAGAGGAGGAGCAGACCGGGGGAGGUGAGGAUUGGCCCACGACUAGGGUGUGUCACACCCAUGAGAGGGCCAUAUCUAUGCAGGACACUGUGGAAGGCCUGGACAUCACUGAGGAAGGUUUGGAGACUCUGCUGUGCUACCUGGAGCUGCACCCUCAACAGUGGGUAGAGCUGCUCCACCCCACCCUCUCCACCUGUAAGAUGGUCUGUUACAACGGCCCGCAUCAACUCCGCAAACUCACCAAAAUCUGCCCACCUGUUGCCGUAGUGUUAGCCCGGAAACGGCUGGCAGGGGAGCGAGUGGAGACCUGUGAUUCGGUGGACUUUGACGUGGUGGAGGUGGCAGACACUAUGGGCUGGCAGCUGGGUCUGGUGAAGAGAGGCCUCCGACAACUACAGUGGGCCACUAACAGAGGAGUCUUGGUGGAGUUCUCCAACCUGUCCUUCUACUUCCGUUCCUACGGUGACUUGACCCCAGAUGAGAUGGCGGUGUGUGAGUUCCUGCAUGGCAGGGUGGUGGCCCAGGAGAGGACCAAACUGUACCAGCUCAAAGCCUGCUUCAAGGCCUUCCGCAGCGUCGCAUACAAGAGCUGCAGUUUCUGCACGGACAAGCUGGACGAGAGCCGAAGCCUGAAGCUGAAAGGGCUUCUGGGGGAUUACUUUGACAAGAGGAGAGAACUGGACCUGAGCAGGAAGUUCCAGGAGGAGAAGGAUGAUGAGGAGGAGGUGUUGUUGAAAUGCAAGAUGAAGGACUUCGAGGGUCAGAUCAGAGCAGAUAUUCAGAGUUUCCUGGGCAACCGCAGUGAUGAGAAGUUCUCUGGCAGAGCCGUCGCUAGAAUAUUCUUUGGAAUUGGAAGUCCAUGUUACCCAGCUCAGACCUUCGGCAGGGACAAGAGAUACUGGAGAAAAUACAUCCAGUUUGAUUUUAAUGAAAUCAUGCGCAUUGCUAUUCAGGAGAUCAUUCGAUUCAAGUGAUGUAAUACCUACUCUAUCUAAAAAAGAAAAAGAAGUAAAUAAUGUAAAACAUUUAAAGAAAUCUUACCUCAGUUGCAUCCAUUAACACAUUCUUUUAUUAUUUAUAAAUGGCUGUUUUAUGGUUUCUCU